CCUCUCUGCCUCACUCGUCACUCACGCAGCCGUCGGCCCGUCACAUAGACUCUCACGUCUCGCCGUCGCCCCCUCAGCCUGAGUCCCCUCACCUCUCGCCGUCGCACUGCUUCACACAGACCCUAACUCUCGCCGUCGCACCUCCCCUCACCUCUCGCACCAAUCGCCGUCGCACACAGGCCCUCUCACAGCCACGCAAUUCUCACGGACCCACGAUGCAGGGCUUGGCAUGGCCAUGUUCAAUACUAAUGUGAAACCUAGGCCCAAAGACCCUUUAAACGCCCAGCCCACUUCCUUAAAAAGGGCGUCGGUUUGCCACUCAUAUCCAAAACCCCAAGUUUAGUUCCUCUCCUCUCUCUCUCUCUCUCUCUCUUCUCUCCCUCCCCGCCGUCUCCCCCAUUUCCCUUUUCUCUCGCUCUCUCUUUGCCUUGGUGCACAACCCCUGACAGCCUCCCUCCCAUUUUGCUGUCUAUUUCUCUCUGUCUUCUCUCAUCUCUCGGGAACCACUCCAACCCGUCGGCCUUUGUCGUCGGCAUCGUUUACCCACGACACGAUUGUAGUGGCACCAUUGUGCCGAGCACCUCCUAGUCUCUCAUCUCUGUGCCUACUCAAUCAUUCUCCGCCGCUACUACCACCGCCAAUGCCGCUACCACUGCCACCAUACUCCGCUGCCGUUAUCUUCUCGGUUAGCGUUCCGCCGCCACAAUCCGCCGCUCUUUGACACACACACACACACCACCUUAUUCUGCACCCCAACUCACGCUCGAGCACCACACUCACUCUCUUUUCCUAUCUCAGAAAGCUUGGCCUUUGGUUUCGAAAAACCCUAGCCGCCACUGUCACCUUGUUGUCCAACGUUGCAUGACCACUGUCUCUCUACCUACUUUACUGUUCCUCUCUCAGGUCCACCUUUGUUCCACUGUCUCUGUUCCUCUCCCCCCUCUCUCUAUCCCUCUCUCACCUUUUCCUCAGCCAUGGUCGCACCACAAGCACACCGCCAACCACCAACAACAGUUAAGACGGAAGCAGCAGAUUGCAAUAGUGGAGCAACCAUUGGCCCACUUGCAAACAGUUAGCCACCGAGAGGAACAACCGAGCACUGUGAAGCUGAACCCCAAGUUCAUCUCACCAGACCGUAAAUCAACCCCUUUAUGCCGUCAACCAUCGCACGGUGGUCUGUGGUGAUGCUGCGAGGAACACUAGCUAUAUAAUAAGUCUUCAAUUCAUUCAAUUUAUUGGUGAGUCACUUGUGCUUGGUUCUUCGUGGAAAGCUGAAGCUCAAGGGCCCGAACUCAGGGGGGAAGAAAGAUCUGGCCCGGGCCAAUUGAGGUAAGCGGGCCCCGGUAGUUACACAAGACUCUCCCCAUGUUCCUGACCUGACUUCAUCCCUAUCCUAAACAAUGGCGUCGUGUAAACUUCUAAAACCCUAAAACUCUACAAUUUGGACUUGCUUGGCUUCCUCUUCUGCAAAUCUCCUCUGCUUCUACUUCUAGCAAUCAGGAUGCUCUCUCGUCUCCUCCCCAAAGCCUCACAUUUCCGUCUCCUAACUUUAAUUCCCUCCAAAUCCCAUCCUUAUCUCCCCAACCCUCAUUUUUCCCCAAACCCUCACUUCUCUCCCCUCAAAUUCUUUUCCGAUCACAGCAAUAGCAACAAUGGCAAAUUCGACCCAUCCGCAUCUACUCCAUGGAAUCUUUCACGCGAUAGUGAUGGUAAGCUUGACCAAUUCAUCGCCCAAGACUCCGGACUCUCUCCCGCCAGCGAGGACGAUCAAUCAUGGUUGAGAGCAAGCGAGGAGAAGACGAAUGCCGAGGAGGAGUGGACCACUGCUGAGGGUUAUAAGCCCUGGAGCUUCGUGGAGGAGGAGAGCAGGGACGAUGUGUUUGGUCUAAAGGAGGAGGGCGUGCAGGAGGACCUCCGUGACACUGAGGCUGAGAGUUCUAGUUUUGAUGAUGGUGCGGAUAGGGACCGGCGUGAGGAGGCUAUGAGGCUCGAGAGGGAGGAGCAGGAGCUCAGUGCUAUACUCAAAGGUCCAAAUCGUGCAUUUGGUGACCUUAUUGCUGCAUCUGGAAUCACUGAUGAAAUGCUGGACAGUUUGAUUGCACUGAAGGAUUUUGCAGGGAUUGAGGGACUGCCGCCUUUAAGUGAAAUAGAGGAAAUGCGUUAUGAGAAAAAUACAAGAAAAAUCACAAGAGCUGAAAUUGAGCGCCAGAAGCAGGAGGAAGUUGCCAGAGCAAGAGUGAGACAAGUAGACGAGAAGGGAAGAGCCUAUGGAACUGGGAGAAGGAAAUGCAGUAUAGCCCGUGUCUGGAUUGAACCUGGUGAUGGAAAAUUCGUAGUUAAUGAUAAACAAUUUGAUGUCUAUUUUCCCAUGCUUGAUCAUCGUGCUGCUCUCCUGCGACCUUUUUCUGAGACAAAGACCUUGGGCCUUUGGGAUGUCAGCUGUACUGUGAAAGGAGGUGGUGUAUCAGGCCAAGUUGGAGCAGUUCGAUUGGGGAUCAGUAGGGCCUUGCAAAAUUGGGAACCAGAUAUGCGUCCUGCACUCAGAGCUGCCGGUUUCUUGACGAGGGACUCACGUGUGGUGGAAAGGAAAAAACCAGGCAAAGCAAAAGCAAGAAAGAGCUUCCAAUGGGUCAAGCGAUAAUUAUUUGCCGGUAUGUGGAGCUUGCUUCUAUGCAGGACCUGUUUUAUAUAUGGAACUUCAAUUUUGCCGCAUGACGACAAUAACUUUCUGAGAUCUGUUGUUUGGCCUGGUGCCUCCUUUAAUUUUAGAUUGUAAUUCGAGUGUGUUCCUCCCCCCCCUUAGGUUGUUCCAAGAAUUUUCUUUACAAUCGAAAUUUAGCAUUUUAGCC